AUGAUCUCAACUACGGGUGGAGCAGGGCGUUGGACUUCGCGGAGCUGCGGCUCCUUUCAGCGAAGAAAUGGGACACUGUCAACCAUCGGCGGCAUAGCGCUCAUGUUUUCAACAUGUCUAACCACGACAGUCGCUGCGGUAGAGCUGUUCCAGGAGAUGAAGACUGAUGGAGGUUGUACUUCGGCCAUCGCCUCUACGUCAACAACGAGCUCAUCGUCACGUUCGGCAAAAAUAUCUUAUAGUAACCAAGCCCAGGCUUCUCCCAUGCAACAACAUGAAUAUAGUAACCCGAUGUCGAGCUGCUCGAGGUCGAGCCCGAGGACUCCUGUAUUAAGCAACAUCUAUUGUAAAGCAGAAACAGAACAGGUGAAUGGGCGGAUUCUGCUGAAAGCUCAGCCUGCCCUUGAUGGAGCUAGAGGUGCAGCUAGCUGUAAUUUUCGAGCGCUACGUGGUGCUAGUUCUUAUCCGGGCUGCACGCCAAUGGUGAGAUGUUGUUAUACUGGUACACCACUCGGAAGCACAGGCUCCUCAUGGAUGCAAAGCGUACUAAAUUUAGUAACAUGUGGAGUUUUCGCACGAAAGUGUGAUAGCCCGUGGAGGCAAGAUGGUAUUCAAGGGCAGCAACAAGGAACACAUGCACAGCAAGUAGGACAUCAUGAUCGACUGACGCACGACUUUCUUGUUUAUCGAAAUAGAGAACAGAAGCCACUGGAAGGUGAUUCGCGACUAAAAGCUCUGGUAUACCGCGACCUCGAACAAGUCCGACACGAUGGCAACGCCUCUCCGACGCCUUCGACUGCAAGCACUUCUUGUUGUUCCACCCCAUCAACAUUACAAAGAGGACAAUGGCUGCCAGGGCCCCCGGCCAAGCCUUUCGAGUUUGAAAUGUCCCCCAAACCUUUCGAGAUGUUGUCGACUAGAGGUCUGCUGUCUUCGCACGUCGAUCGGGAGGCUAAUGCAAGUGGAAGACGAGGUCCCUCCGAGGAUGAGCAACAACCUCUUCUACAAAUACCACGUAAAGCUGACGAGCAUGCACCUGGUCAACAGUCUCCCCUGGAAGUGCCCUCCUCUAUAGUUUUACAUCAACAGUGUCGUGUAUCACAAUCACAAACUACUAAUGAUGCAGCAGUAGAGGUUAACACUAGGCAACAUAUGGACAGGAAACACGUUGACGUCGAACAACAAGCACCGCAACAAGAACUUUUAUCACCUAUUUCAAAAAAGGUGGACGAAUCAAAAAAGGAUGAACUAGAGAUAGUGCAAAAGGACCACAUGAUAUAUGAACCUCGAAGUCGCACCUGCAGUGAUGCGUCUUCAGAUUUUGACUUUUUCCUACAACCUUAUGAUGCAGAAGUGGAAAAAUGAAAGUGAUACUAGGUACUUAGAAUAACAAGUUGCAGCAUUAUAUGAAGAAGUAAGAACAAGUAAUGAACCACGACCAUGCACCUGGCAAAAUGAACGAAUUUGAAGAAAGUAUCCUCAAAGAAAAGCCUUAGCAGAUAUCAUUGAACAUGUUGAUUAUAGCAGUACUAGCACAUCGAUUUCCGUGAUGAAUCAUGUAUUUCAGCUCUAGUAUCGAGCUCUCAACAUGAUACUGAACCAACCACAAGAAGUUAUGCUGUUCUUGUGGUUAAAUUGCACUUUUUGUUUUUACCUGCUGAUUGUACGAAAAGAUCAUCUUUUAUCACAAAAUUAUGAUGAAGACGUGAAGGACGCG